AUGGGAGCCCCAGCGCCCGCGCUCGGCUUGCUGCUGGCUUGCGUCUGGCUGCCCCGGGGUGAGCCGGCAGGAGAGUCCCUGCUGGUGCAGCGUCUCUGAGAGAGGAGUGUGGACUCAGGGAGAUCGGGGCUGGGGUCACUUUUAGGGGAACGGGCCUGGGCAGUUGGAAAGAUGGAGAAAGGGAGAAGCUGCAGCACCCACACCACCCGGCAGUGCAGAGCCAGCCCGGGAACCCAGACUUGUUUCUCAUCUAGCCACAGCCACCAGGAGGCGACCGUUGCCACAGGGGCUGAUACAACAGUGAUGGGAGGCCAGGAGGCUGAAGCCCUGGACUCCCUGGCCAAGUCUUCCUGGGAAAGGCGGCUCCAUCGGGCUAAGUGUGCACCGUCGUACUUGUUCUCCUGCUUCAAUGGGGGUGAGUGUGUGCACCCGGCCUUCUGUGACUGCAGACGCUUCAAUGCCACCGGACCACGCUGCCAGAUGGUGUACAAUGCCGGCCCUGAGCGGGAUAGCAUCUGCCGGGCGUGGGGACAGCACCACGUGGAGACAUUUGACGGCCUCUACUACUACCUCUCUGGCAAGAGCAGCUACACAUUGGUGGGGCGCCACGAACCCGAGGGGCAGAGCUUCUCCAUCCAGCUCUCCCCUACAGGGAAGCUAACAGACGACGUGGCCGAGUUUGUGCACAGCUGGCAGGAGCAGGCCCCCAACCAGCCUCCAGGGCCCACAACCUCCUCCCCGCCUCGCCCACCAUGCCUACAGCAGAGCCUGGGAGCCAUGCAGGGUGUGUACGAGCGGUGUGAGGUGCUGCUGCGGCCCCCCUUUGAUGCCUGCCACGCCUACGUCAGCCCUCUGCCCUUCAUGGCCAGCUGUACCAGCGAUCUCUGCCAAUCAGUGGGCGAUGAAGCCACCUGGUGCCGGGCACUGGCGGAGUAUUCCCGGGCGUGUGCCCAGGCGGGGCAGCCCCUCCAGGGCUGGAGGACGCAGUUCCGGCAAUGCACUGUGCACUGCAAAGAGAAGGCCUUUACCUACAAUGAGUGCAUCGCAUGCUGCCCUGCCUCCUGCCAACCCCGGGUGUCCUGCGUGGACAGUGAGAUCGCCUGUGUGGACGGCUGCUACUGCCCCAAUGGGCUGAUCUUUGAGGACGGAGUCUGCGUGGCACCAUCUGAGUGUCCCUGUGAGUUCCACGGGACCCUGUACCCGCCUGGCUCUGAGGUGAAGGAAGACUGCAAUGCCUGCACAUGCACUGCGGGCAAGUGGGUGUGUAGCACAGCUGUGUGCCCAGCUGAGUGCUCAGUCACUGGCGACAUCCACUUCACAACCUUUGAUGGCCGCCGGUACACGUUCCCUGCCACGUGUCAGUACAUCCUGGCCAAGAGCCGUUCCUCGGGCACCUUCACAGUGACAUUGCAGAAUGCCCCGUGUGGCCUGAACCAGGAUGGAGCCUGUGUCCAGUCGGUGUCAGUGAUUCUGCACCAGGACCCUCGGAAGCAGGUGACGCUGACCCAGGCAGGGGAUGUUCUUCUGUUUGACCAGUACAAGAUCACUCCACCCUACACAGACGACGCCUUUGAGAUCCGGAGGGUGUCCUCCGUGUUCCUGAGAGUGAGGACCAACAUGGGAGUGCGGGUGCUCUACGACCGCGAGGGGCUGCGGCUCUACCUGCAGGUGGACCAGCGAUGGGCAGAGGAUACCGUCGGCCUCUGUGGCACCUUCAACGGCAACACGCAGGACGACUUCCUGUCCCCAGUGGGUGUACCCGAGAGUACCCCACAACUCUUUGGCAAUUCUUGGAAAACACUAUCUGCCUGCUCCCCACUGGUCUCUGGCUCCCCAUUGGACCCCUGCGAUGUGCACCUGCAAGCUGCUGCCUACGCAGUGCAGUCCUGCAGCGUGCUCACAGGGGAGCUGUUCGCACCCUGCUCUGCAUACCUGAGCCCCCUGCCCUACUUCGAGCAGUGCCGGCGGGACACCUGCCGCUGCGGACAACCCUGCCUGUGUGCCACGCUGGCCCACUACGCCCGCCUAUGCCAGCGCCACGGGCUCCCUGUUGACUUCCGUGCCCACCUGCCAGCCUGUGCACUGUCCUGUGAGGCCACCAAGGAGUAUAGCCCUUGUGUGGCCCCGUGUGGACAAACCUGCCAGGACCUGGCCCAUCCUGAGGCCUGUGUGGUUGAUGGUAGCAGUGACCUCAGCAGAGACGAGUGUGUGGAGGGCUGUGCCUGCCCACCAGACACCUAUCUGGACACCCAGGCUGACCUCUGUGUCCCCAGGAACCAGUGCUCCUGCCACUUCCAAGGAGUGGACUAUCCCCCCGGAGACAGCGACAUCCCAUCCCUGGGCCACUGCCACUGCAAAGAUGGAGUCAUGAGCUGUGACAGCAGAGCCCCAGCUGCUGCCUGCCCUGUGGGCCAGGUCCCUGUGAACUGCAGCCACCUGCAUGCUGACCCUGAGCUGAGCAGAGAGAGGACAUGCGAGCAGCAGCUGCUGAACCUGAGUGUGCCAGCCCAAGGCCCCUGCCUCUCAGGCUGCGCCUGUCCCCAGGGCCUGCUCAGACAUGGGGAUGCAUGUUUCCUGCCAGAGGAGUGCCCAUGCACUUGGAAGGGGAAGGAGUAUUUCCCUGGAGACCAGGUGAUGUCUCCCUGCCAUUCCUGCAUGUGCCAGCAGGGCUCGUUCCAGUGCACCCUCCACCCAUGCGCCUCCACCUGCACUGCCUAUGGUGACCGACAUUACCACACCUUUGAUGGGCUCCUGUUUGACUUUGUGGGGGCAUGCAAAGUGCACCUGGUCAAGAGCACAUCAGACUUGAGCUUCUCUGUGAUUGUAGAAAAUGUAAACUGCUACAGCUCUGGCAUCAUCUGCAGGAAAUUUAUUUCCAUCAACGUUGGGAACUCACUCAUCAUCUUUGAUGACGACUCAGGAAAUCCUAGUCCCGAGAGCUUCCUGGAUGAGAAGCAGGAGGUACACACAUGGCGAGCAGGGUUUUUCACGCUGGUGCAUUUCCCACGGGAGCACAUCACCCUCUUGUGGGACCAGAGAACCACAGUGCACGUCCAGGCUGGGCCUCAGUGGCAGGGACAGCUGGCAGGUCUCUGCGGGAACUUUGACUUAAAAACCAUAAAUGAGAUGAGGACCCCAGAGAACCUAGAAUUAACCAACCCCCAGGAGUUCGGCAGCAGUUGGGCUGCAGUCGAGUGCCCAGAUACCCUCGACCCUCGGGACACAUGUGUCCUGAAUCCUCUCCGAGAGCCAUUUGCCAAGAAAGAGUGCAGCAUCCUGCUCAGUGAGGUGUUUGAGACCUGCCACCCUGUGGUCGAUGUCACUUGGUUUUACUCAAACUGCCUGAUGGACACAUGUGGGUGCAGCCGGGGUGGUGACUGUGAGUGCUUCUGUGCCAGCGUGUCCGCCUAUGCCCACCAGUGCUGCCAGCAUGGGGUGGCCAUUGACUGGCGGACCCCGCGCCUCUGCCCGUAUGACUGUGACUUCUUUAACAAAGCACUGGGUAAGGGUCCCUACCAGCUGUCCAGCUUGGCAGCCGGUGGUGCCCUCGUGGCCGUGAAGGCGGUGGGUGAUGACAUAGUCCUAGUGAGGACAGAUGAUGUGGCGCCAGGGGACAUCGUGAGCUUCCUGCUGACAGCUGCUCUGUACAAGGCCAAGGCCCACGACUUAGAUGUGGUGUCCCUGGAGGCAGCAGACAGACCCAACUUCUUCCUCCAUGUCACGGCCAACGGAUCUGUGGAGCUGGCCAAGUGGCAGGACAGCGAUGCCUUCCGCCAUCAUGCCUCCUUCUCAUUGCACCGGGGGACAUGGCGGGCGGGCCUGGUGGCCCUGGAGUCCCUGGCGAAGCUGGGCUCCUUCCUUUACGCGCAGGGCCCUGCGCUGGCCCUGCGGCAGUACGAGCACACGGAGGCGUUCCGCCGGGGCACGCUCUUCCGCCUUCUGGAUGCCAAGCCCUUGCGGGCUGCCUACCCCAUCUGCGAGUGGCGCUAUGAUGCCUGUGCUAGUCCCUGCUUCCAAACCUGCCAGGACCCACGGGCAGCCAGUUGCCGGGACGUGCCCAGGGUAGAAGGCUGUGUCCCUGUGUGCCCCUCUCCCAAAGUCCUGGAUGAAGUCACACAGAGAUGUGUCUACUUGGAGGACUGUGUGGAGCCAGUGGUUUUGGUUUCCGCAGAGGCCCUUGGCAAUGAGACCCUGCCUCCCAGUCAAGUGCUGCCCACCUACAGUGACAAGGAGCCGCAGCUUUUGCAGGAGAUUCCCAAGGCCCCCACUCACAGACCAGCCCUUGCCCCAGCUGCCCCACUCGCCACAGCCCUGAACCCAACGAUGGCAGCCACUGAGAGCCCAGUGCUGCCUCCAGGCCCGCCCCAGGCCACCCUGCAACAGCCACUGGGACUCACCGUAUCCAACCUCCCUGCCCACCCCACAGAGGCCUCAGCCGGCAAGGGAGUGACUGCCAGCUUCCUGGCCACCCCCAACACCCUGGAGUCCUCAUUCCUACCCCUUUCGCUGCAGACACCCAUACCUGGCACUGUGCCAGGUACCGUGGAGACAACCAGGGUGACUGUGUCCUUUGCAGGGAGCCCCAACAUCACAGUCUCCUCCCGGUCACCCCCCGCACCUCGCAUACCACUCAUGACCAAAGCUGUGACAGUCCCAGGCCACGGCUCCUUGCCUGUCAGGACGACAUCCCUACAGCACCCCUUGUCUGCAAGUCCCUCCUCCAGGCCUGUGGCUUCCCCUGGAGUGACUUCCAGGUCCCCCACCUCCUCGGGAUCCCACAAGGCUUUGCUGACACCUGCAGUAACUAAGGUCACAAACAAGACAGGGAUCCCCGAGCUCCCCCAGGCCCAGAGUGUUUCAAGUCCCAGCAGCCCCGCAACUGUGGCUAGAACAGCAGCAGAACAGAUUCCCCUCAGUCCUCUUGCAACCCGGAGAGUGGAGAUGGUACCACCCACAGAGAGGGAUGAGCCUGGGCAUGGCCAGCCCAUGGGCCUGCCUGCAGCCACACUUCCGAGCCCACUCCCCACGGCACUGUCCCGUCCAGCCCGGCACACCACCACAGCCACCAGGCCUCCAGCCCUGCCCUCAGGGACCCCGGCUGCCACAAGCCUGUCCACAAUUGCUCACGGGCUGGGGGCCACACCCUUUGUGUCUCUGGAGUCAACUUGGCCAUCCCAGCUCCUCUCUGGCCUGCCUCCUGACACCAGCCUGCCCCUGGCCAAGGUGGGCACGUCUGCCCCAGUGGCCACACCCGGACCCAAAGGCUCUGUCAUCAGCCCUGCACUCCAGCAACACACCAUGUCUCUGGCCGUGGCCAUGACGACACCUGCUCAGACAUUCAGCCCAGCACUGCCUCUUAGCCCAGCCAUGGUGGCCCAGGAGCACCCACCCAGUCACACAGCUCCCCAGGCAACAGGCACAGCUCCAGGCCUGCCUCUUGGAGCCACGUCACCAACCUCUGAAGUCGUGGCGGUGGCUGAGGGGGUGGCCUCCAUGGUGUCUGUUGCCCCACGAAAGAGCACCACACAGAAAAUGGCCGUACUAUCCAAGCAGGUGUCUCCACCCACCUCCAUCUCUGACUCUGCCCAGGGCAGGCCUGCAGAGCUCACGCCAGCUGUGACUCACAGCCCAGCACCCCCAGUAACUGAGGCUGAGGGUCCCUGGGCCAGCACAGGGCCACCAGUGCCCACAUCCUAUCCCCUGAGCCGUGUCUCAGCCAGGACAGCCUCCCGAGAGAGCUCUCUGGUCCUUCUGCCUCAUCUGGCUGACACCCAGGGAACGUCGGCAGGACCUCGGCCCCCAGUAGAGCCAGCGGGCAAGGCCACCACCGUGCAGUCUGGGCGCUCAGCCCCGACCCCGAGCGUCGCAGAGGGUUCCGCCGAGGCCUUGGCAACCACCACAGAAGCCAAUGCAUCUCACACCUGUGUCCCAAUCGCCGAACAGGACUGUGUCCGCCACAUCUGCCUGGAGGGCCAGCUGAUCCGUGUGAACCAGUCCCAGCACUGUCCCCAGGGUGCUGCACCCCCUCCCUGUGGGGUCCUGGGCCUCGCUGUGCGGGUGGGAGGGGACCGCUGCUGCCCCCUCUGGGAGUGUGCCUGCCGAUGCUCAGUCUUCCCUGACCUGAGCUUCGUGACCUUCGAUGGGAGCCAUGUAGCCCUGUUCAAGGAGGCCAUCUACAUCCUCAGCCAGAACCCAGAUGAAAUGGUCACUGUCCAUGUCCUCGACUGCAAAAGUGCCAACCUGGGGCACCUGAACUGGCCCCCAUUCUGUUUGGCGAUGCUGAAUGUGACACACCUGGCCCAUCAGGUCAUCAUUGACCGCUUCAACCGGAAG